AGCAAUGGCUUAGCGUCAGAUUGAGGGGACGCCCCGUCCCGCUGCCAGAGCAACUCGUCCUGUCCUUCAGGUUCUUUCAAUUGCGCAUGGCGUUACGGGCGUUUGAUCUGUUCUUGCCCUGAGCUCGGCAUUGCUUGGUCCCACCCAUCUCUUACCUCAUUCAUAGCAUGCGGCUCCAUUGCACACCAGAAACUCACCAUGUCAAUCCCGGUCACUCCUCCUAAGAUCGGCCAGAUGGUUGACAAUGCCAUCAGCAGGUUGAAUGGAAGAUUGGAUCUGCGCUUGCCUCGCCUCCACGGACAGGACGCUGAUCCUUCACGGGAAGACGAAAGCGUCUCGAGAAAGUGCUCCUCCCUUAUUCGCUAUCUCUGCUACAAGACGGACAGCAUCAAUGGCAUUAUGGACCAAUUUGACACCGAGAUUCUUCAGUUAUUCUCGGACUGGAAAUGGAAACCUUUGCAGACUCCUGGAACUCUUCCGGCAUUGUCCAUCACAAAAAGUGCCAUCAACCGCGACCUGACCCAACAAUAUGGUUCGGGUAUGGUAAAACUGAGCAAAAAUGAUCGGAAGCGCGCUCUCGAGUAUUUACACCGCAUGCUGCUGGAAGAAUAUAACCUCACCCAAUUGUCCGACUCCUACACCCGCACAUUAGGUCCUUCUGACCUUAGCCCAACUGCUCCAUCCAGCCAAUUCUCAUUCCAGACAGCCGAUGAGAUUCUCGACGCCUCUUCUGUCGCAGCUCCUAGCACUCCAGAAACAAUGAAGCCCACUACUGAUGAGCCCACUCUCAAAUAUCGAGAUGGCCAAUCUUCUAAGAGAACCAUGAGCUCUUUAAAGUCCUCCACUAAACGACAGCAGACAAUCUCACAAUUUUUUGCUCCUCGAACAGAUGAUACAUUCUCACAUCCUAUACCUCAGCCGAUCUCUUUCACCACAGAGGCUUCUUCAAGACAAUCUGCCAUUUUCAGCGAUGUCGACCAGCGACGUGAUUCUCUCAGCUGCAGCGACACAUCAUUUGAACCCUCCACCAGCGACUUUAAGGAGGAAUUCUGGCCUACUCAGGAGUACAAGGAGUUUGAUGAACUCAUGCAACAUGAGAUCUCCAGACAGAUCCAUGGUCAGAUCCCCUUGCCUGCAGCCUCCUCGCCUCCUGCUCCUGCUCCUACUUCUUGCGAUGUCAAUGAUGCGCAAGCCAAACCCCUUCUCAAACGACAUGAACUACCAAAUGUUGGGGAAAACUUCAUACUUGCAUAUGAAAUUGAGAGGUUAGCAUCGGAUUUUAACAUGACACCAACAGAAUUCUACAGCCACUUUAACCAUGAUCCCUCAAGUCUCACACCGGACAACUUUUGGCUUCAGGUUAAGGAGGUUAGAUCAAAGUAUGAAGGCCUACCCUUCCCGACAAGGUCUCCUCUGCAGGACUGGACGGGGCUUGAAGAGCGGGGAGCCGGCAAACCCGAAAACAGUAUUACCUUUAGCGGCUCACUAGAGUGGAGUAGCUCAAAGGAUCCUACUCUUUUCAAGCUCCGCCUGAGCCCAAUACAGAAAGACAAAUCAUGUCGUUUUUAUAGAAAGUUCGGUUCAGACCGAUUCCUUGUCCUGUCAGUACCUAUAUUGUCAGAACCCCCAGGAGAGAAACACCAUGACCGGAUUUGCAACAUGCUUGCAACAGAAUCUCUCGAAAUUGCUGGGAGGCACUGGAGAGUUUUCUUUGUGGCCCAUGAAAAGGCAAAGAAGAAGAGAAAACCUAAGGAUAAUGAAAGGUUCUAUGAAAGGUUCAACGGACGUUUGAAAAUCCACCUCUUCGCCGAACAUGGCUGUGGAAUAGCGCCAGAUUGUCUUCCCGACCUCUCUCACGUCAACCCAGCAGCCCACUCCAAGAUAUCAGUCGAAGACAUGAUAGAGUGGCACAUGCCGCUCAAUGAUAACCUUUCCUCAACCGAUCUGAAACUAUUUUCUCGAAUACAUCUUGGUCUAUCCAAAACAACCCCGACCGUCACCUUGCAACCCCAUGAGUUUGUCUACACUCCAGAUCCUCCGGGGAAGCCAGUAAUGAACGAUGGAUGCGCGUUAAUGUCGUUGGAUUAUGCGAAUGCAGUUUGGAAGGCAUUUGGCGGUUCUGACCCGCUGCCAUGUGCGUUUCAAGGAAGAAUAGGUGGCGCGAAGGGUCUAUGGCUAGUCGACUAUACAAACAAGUAUAACGACAAGGACAACCCAGUGAGCGAACGAGGCUUCUGGAUCGAAGUUUCUGAUUCACAGCUCAAGAUCAAGCCUCACCCCCGAGAUCGACCGGAAAGCGACGAUUCUCAGCGAACCUUUGAAUUGGUGAAGCACAGCUCUAAUGCAUCCAAGGGCCAUUUGAAUACUCAGCUGAUCAAUAUUCUCGAAGAUCGCGGGAGCGGCCAUGUCCGCGAGGUGUUGGCACGGCGCUUACUUGAAGAUAUAAGUAGUGUUACAAGCACGCUAUCCCAGGCAAUGAAUAGCCCUACAGGUCUACUACUCUGGCUCAAUGAGUUUUUUCAGGGACGCCCUUCUGGAAGACUCAUCGGGUGCUUUCCGGCGGACAGAGCAGAGCAGUGCAGCAUGCUCCUCGGCUCCGGGUUUAAACCCCGAGAGAAUAGUAUGAUUGUUGAUGCAGUCAAAGCUAUCCUCGACAAUUAUACAAAAAGUUAUGUGGAGAAGCUGUGGAUCAGUCUCCCCUUUUCAACAACAGUCUUUUGUGCCCCCGACCCAACUGGCCUACUCCGUCCAAACGAGGUAUAUCUCGGCUUCUCAGAAGCCAAUAUUGAUCCUCGAUCUGGGGGGUCUCAGAACGCGCUGAAUAAUAUCGAUGUCCUUGUGGCCCGAAAUCCGGCAUAUCUAUCGUCAGAUAUGCAGCUUCGGCGAGCUGUCUCCUAUCAGGAGCUCUUGAAUUACAGAGACAUUAUCUUAUUUUCAACACAAGGCGACACCCCAACUGCCUCCCUUCUUUCUGGGGGCGAUUACGACGGUGAUAUGGUUACCGUUAUCUGGGACCCUGAGAUUGUGGAUAGCUUCCAUAAUAUCAGCAAGACCGACUUACCAAGCGAAAAGCAACUCGGAAUGGUUAACAAGUCAAGAGCUCUUCAAGACAUUUUUGUAUCUGGAAAACCCCAAGCCUAUAGCUUCAGUGAUUUCAUGAAAGGAUGCAUCAAAUUCAAUUCCACUUCGAGCUUGAUGGGACAGUGUUCAAGUGAACAUGAAAAGCUCAUAUACAGCCUUAGCCUCAGCGCCAUGCCUGAAUAUUCAGUUCUCUCACAAACCGGACCGGUAAAGCUUGCGGCGCUUGCCGGAUACCUUGUUGACCAGAGCAAACAGGGCUGGGAGCUGCCGUACUGGCCCACGUUUCGGCGAGAGGCCUGUGGGCAAUUCCUUUUAGAAAGUCCAGCUUAUAAGAGCCCUGGACAGCACAAGAGUCGGAAUUACAGCAACAUCAUCGAUCAUCUGAUGUUCAAUGUCGCUGGUCCCCAUGUAAAAAAAGUUGCCACCGAUUUCCAGAAAUUCACCUCGGAAUUUACAUAUGAUUCUUCACUCUCUGCAGAGUGGAAGAAUAUGACGGAGUUGGCGGGGGGCAAAGGCAAUAAGAAACCUCGAGAUACUGUUCUCUAUGGGUUGUUGUUCGGUGAUGGAGGUCUACAACCUUCAGUCGAAGCACUGUCGGCACACGCGGAAAAGAUACUGGCGCCCACGAACUCCUUUACGGCUAACGGAUCGAUCACCUCGAGCUCAUUUGCCGCAAACCACACAGCGAUCUUCGAGCAGUUUCAAGCAAUCCUGCCAAAUGACAAGAAUGACCGGCUAUGGCAUGAGCAUCAAUGGCACGGUCCUCACUCACAGUGGUCACGAUUGAAAGCCUCGUAUCUUUAUUUCUUACGGUAUAGCAAGGGUCAGCAUCGCCCCUGGAUAUGGUAUGUGGCCGGUCGACAGCUUUGUGAGCUCAAAGCGAUGCAGGAGAAGGACUCACAUAUGAUGAGGGACUUGGUGCUUCAGCUGAUGAAAUUCGAUGCCAAACACGCCAAACGCGUGGAUGAGGAAAGACAAGAUACUGGUGAUGACGGCGUGAACCAAGAAAUGACCGAGUAACGUUGGCCGAAGCAGCCGAAUGAAAUAAGCAGUGGUUAUGACAGAUGCAGGGAUUGGAU